CUUGGUCACGCUCUUCCUUACUCUCUCUCUCACUGUUUUGUAUGUGUCUCUCUUUCCGUUUCUUGCUUCUCCCUGUUUGUACGCAACACGCGACUCUCUUCGGCUCUCAAAACAGUUAUCCUGGCAAGGCAGGCAGGCAGCACCAACCAAAGACCAGACUUCCAGGCCCAAGCCAGCGUUCACCGACGGAGGAUGACGAAAAAAGAAAACAAGGGUGUGACCGGAGCAUGAAAGCGCACCAACACGUUACGGUGAGCUGUUUUUCGCACCAGGCACCAGAGUUUACUGCGUGCAAUUCUGGCGAGGAUAUUUCAAUUUCCCUACGGCGAAUCGCCACUUCCAUAAUGUUCUGCGUAGAUCCCUGGUGUUAGGCGACGACAACGGGUAUCAGUAACGGCGAAGGCAACGCAAAAAUAAAAACUAGGGCAACGGUGUUUAUCGUGCAGUUUUGCGUAGGUGUCCGAAGUGUCCCAGUGUUCGAAGUUAGUAGACCCUUCGUUCCUUCCCGGCGACUGUGUGUACUAUGUUGGGGAAGUGGAGUGUUGGGUAAUGUGCAGUAAAGUCCUAUUCACAGAUACUAUAAAGGACAACACAGGAAAUGUGAAAGGAAAAGUACAAAACGGUACGAGAAGUGUUCACUUUUCCGUGAAAAAGGGUGUUCAGUGAAAGAAUAAAAAAAGGACGCACUCUCACUUCUGUCACACAGCAGACGCGCACGGGUGCGCACAACAAAGAGCCUGGGUUGCGUGUGCGCGCGUAUGUUUGUAUGUGUGUAAUUUUACGUGCGUGUGCAAGGAGAAUUUGCUUCAGAUUUAGUGUUUUUUCCUUUCUUGCCCAUUACCAUCCCUUUACAUGAUACGAUUGCCGUAGAACUGAGCUGAUUCAUCCCGUCAAUGGUGAUGAUGACGGGCAGUGGUUAGUGGUUCCACGGGAUUUAACCACGGGUAUAUAUUACACGGAGGCAAAACGAUGCAGUCUACGGGUGUUGGUGACGUUGGGUGGCAUUACACCGAAUGCUAGUACGAAAAACCAUUUCCGCCUGCAGUAUCUGCAGUCUGGACGAGGGUUCGUGGACUAGUGGGCAUUACAGAAGUGUCUGAAGGACCUCCCACGGAGGAGGCAACGUGGGACGACGUGUUGGGUCCGGGUCUGGUGGUAAAGAACCGCCCGACCAAACGGAACCAUCAUCUGGCAACGGUGACGGUCGAAGAAGAGAAAUUGGUGAGGAAUCCUAAACUGCUCCGCAGCAGGGGUGCCACUUCUUAUCGGUACGACGGUACCGGGUGUGGGUGAAAAGGAAGUGAGGAUUGUAUAUUGGUUGCCGAAUAAGUGGUAAUGUAUUGCAAAAACUUCACCAAAAACUGGAUGUGACGCAUCUGUAGCACGGCAAACAAUACUGAAAAGCGUCCUGAUGGGCAACGAAUUCUAGAGAGUUACCCGAACUAUCGUAUCUACGAUUUGUGUCGAAUGAGAUACCUCUGUGUGUAUGUGCGGUUGGUGAUGCACUGAUAAAGUGUCUUAUUCCUGUGAGUCACUGUCCUGGUCAUUGUUCUAGUGCUCCGUUCUAUUGCUUUCAACAAUUCGUUGUUGCUGACUAUCGUGUGAAGCAAAGAGAAAAGCGAUUCUACAGUGCACUAGUACUCAAGUGCGUGGAAGCUGUAUCGUCCAUCAGUAACAUCCUCACCAUUCAAUCUGCGGGACAGCCGUGGACAUCCACUGCCCAGCGUCAAACGUCACGUUCAACCGGCACACGGGCGGCCAUUGACGGGCGUAUCCAAGCGUGACUAGCGUUACCGAGAAGAAAGUUGCAUAGCGUAACGCAUCCUCACCUACCUUGCCGCAGCAUCCUUCUCGUCCACAUUAGGGACGACGGUUGCAACCAUGGGCUACCCGGGGACAACCGACGACGACGAUCAAUACCGGGUGCCGCUGAUAGCGAAGUUGCUGCACGCCCUGCCACACUACAACAUCACCUUCCAUCGCAUCAACAACACAUUUCGCCCAUCAAAUGACGUCUAUCUCGAGAGUCUCGGUAUCUUGGGUUCGAUACCGGCCGCCCUGCUGAUUGUAUCAUUGUUUGGGCUGCUGCUCUAUCUGCUAACGCGCUGCUGUGACAGAAAGCCACGACCCGCACACUCGAUUACCAGCCUGAAGGUGACGCUUUCGAUCGUAACCGUGCUGUGCUGUGCCGCGAUCGGUCUCGGGCUCUACGGAAAUGAUGAUCUACACAACGGGUUGCUCGAGGUGUUACAGGCGGGUCGUAAGGUGGACGGUGUCGUCUCAUCCGUACGCAACCAAACGUUCAUCCUGGAGAACACGCUCACGAUGAAGAUCCAGCAGCAGCUCACCGAGCUGGAGGACAUUUUCGACCAGAAGACCAACAAUCAGACAGCCCUGGCACAGCUGCAGCAAGCACUCCUCACAGCUAAGGGUAAUAUCACAAUUGCGAAGAAUGCAGCGAACGACAUACGGCGCCCACUUGUCGGUUUGACCAUAACCGACUUCCUAACGAAAGGCGAUCAGUGGGAGCUGAUCCGUUGGCCGGGAACGGUCGCCAUAUUGGCACUGCUGCUCGUGCUGUGUGCGGUACUGCUGGUCGGUGUUGCGCGUCACUCUCGGUGCGCUCUCAUACUGUUCAGCGUGUGCGGUUUGCUGGCGGUAACCGGUUCGUGGCUUAUGUCCGGUCUCUACCUAUCGACCUCGGUUGCCGUCGGUGACCUGUGCAACGAUCCCGCCGAUUUCCUCGUGCACCAAGCGCCGCAUGAGCUGCCGGCCGACAUACUGCUCUACUACACGCAGUGUGACAUAUCCCGCUCGAACCCAUUCACACAGCGCCUGCGAGAGUCACAAAAUGCGAUCAAUAAUGCGCGGAACGCGAUGAGUAUCGUAUCGAAAAUUUCGCCAGUGCUCUUCAAGAACGCAGGCCUAGCACCGAAGCUAGGGUCGGUAAAUGCGGACAUUAAACUGUGCGAGCGGCUAUUGACGGGUUUGACAGCACUGGUUGACUGCCGGGCCGUACACUACAGCUACCUCGUAGCGACUCGUGGACUGUGCGAGUGUGGAUUGCUCGGUUUGGUGUUGAUGCUGAUCGCCAGCUUUAUGGCGGCCAUCCUGCUCACCAUAAUGGUUUGGGUCGAUUCACACACGUGGAUCUACAUACGCAAGAGGAAUGAUUAUGCGCAGGUCGAGGAGCAGUCAUAUGUAUCACACCAAUUGCAUCCACAGAGUCAUCAAAACAUGAACACUCGUACACUUCCACAUCAUCCCAAGGGUCCGCCCGUUAUCAGUGGGUCACACACGAUUGCGCAUCCGGGGCGUAACGCGAAGCAUGACAUGAGUCAGGUGCAGCAGGCUCAGCAACAGAUGCAUCAUCAGCAGGCGCAUGCCCAGGCCCAGCAGGCCCAGGCUCAGGCCCAGGCGCACAUGAUGCAUCACCAUCAGGCGAUGAUGCGCGCUGGUGGUACUCAUACGCUCGGGCGCCUGCCGUCGCACAGCAGCCCGACGCAUCUGCACGGUCCGAACAACGGCAAGUACGCCACCCUCAGUAAGCACUGCAAGACGCUCGACGCUAACGACUUCUACUGAAGUUACGC